UAAAAAAAUAUUUUUUUCAGAACUAAAGUAAAAAUAAAUGUGAAAAAAUGGCGACCAUGCAUCUCAAUUGAUCAUCUCCUUAAAAAGUUGUUUUGCCAAGAAAUGGCGUCCAAAAAUCCAGAAAAUGUUGUUGUUGAAGGAGAACAAACAACAAAUACAAAAAUGAAGAGAAAUCUAGGACUAUUUGAUGGUGUCAGUAUAAUUGUUGGUAUUAUUGUUGGGUCUGGAAUAUUUGUGAGUCCGAAGGGAGUUCUUUUAUAUUCAGGAUCCCCAGGAUUAGCUUUAAUAGUGUGGACAUUAUCUGGUUUAAUCAGCCUGAUCGGAGCUCUCUGCUAUGCAGAGCUUGGUACAAUGAUUCCUCAGUCCGGAGGGGAUUAUGCAUACAUUAAUUCAGCUUUUGGACCAUUGCCUGGAUUUUUAUACCUUUGGUCAGCACUUAUCGUUAUUAUGCCUGCAGGCAAUGCAAUCACUGCCCUGACGUUCUCUCAUUAUGUUCUUGAACCGUUCUAUCCUGAAUGUUCACCUCCUGACUCUGCUAUCCGUCUGCUUUCUGCUUCUCUUAUAUGUUUGCUGACUGCUGUCAACUGUAUGAAUGUAAAAGCUGCAGCUAAAGUUCAAGACGUCUCCUCUGUUACAAAGGUGUUUGCUAUGCUUGUAAUAGUAGUUGCUGGUUUUGUUUACUUGGGAGGAGGACAUCAAGAGAACUGGCAGGAUCCAUUCCAGGAUUCAACUACAUCUGUUGGGAAAAUAGCUUUAGCUUUCUACUCGGGACUUUUUAGUUUUGCUGGCUGGAACUACCUAAACUUUGUCACAGAAGAACUAACAGAGCCUGAGAAAAAUCUGCCGCGGGCUAUUGCUAUCUCGAUGCCACUGGUUACCGUUAUCUACCUACUGGUUAACUUUGCUUACUUCACUGUUCUUUCCCCUACAGAGCUCCUGGCUAGUAAUGCUGUUGCAGUGACUUUUGGAAACAGAUUAUUGGGUGGUAUGAAGUGGAUUAUACCAGUAUUUGUGGCUUGCUCUACUUUCGGAGCAGUUAAUGGUGGCAUAUUUGCAUCUUCCAGGUUAUUUUUUGUUGGAGCUCGUAAUGGACACAUGCCUCGCCUCAUGUCACUGCUAAGCAUUACUCAUCUUACACCAAUACCUUGUCUUAUUGUUCUGUGUAUAAUAACCCUGGCUAUGCUGAGUACCUCCAAUGUACUUGUUCUCAUCAAUUUUGCUUCUUUCGUGGAAUCUCUGUUUAUAACAGUGUCUGUAGCUGGACUACUAUACUACAGGUGGAAGCAUCCUGACCUCAGACGUCCAAUAAAGGUUAACAUUAUCCUUCCUGUCCUAUUCUUCGUGGUGUGUAGUGGACUAAUCUGUAUACCUAUAUACGCUCAACCACAGGAAGUUGGGUUUGGUUUAGUGAUAAUAGGAAGCGGAGUACCUGUAUAUUUUCUCUUCAUUUGGAACAAGAAACGACCUCAGUGUCUUAAAACAACAAUUAGAAACCUUGAUAUCUUCGUCCAGAAGAUUUUUUACGCUGUUGUGGAAGACGAAUAUAAAGAAGAGAAUGAAGAGGAAGAUAAAGAAGAGAAUGAAGAGGAAGAUAAAGAAGAGAAGGAAGAGGAAAAUAAAGUUGACACUACUGAGAAGAUUACACAAGAAGAAGAAGGAGAAGAAGAUAGAACACAAGAAACAGACAAAUUUCUUGUUUCCCCAGAUCGAAAAAAUGUUUAAAAAGAAUAAUUGUGCCAAAAACUUUUUUUAA